GUCUGGUCCAUAUGUUUGGCACAGCAUAUAGAUAUUAGAUUAUACCCUAAGUCAAAUAUAUCCUUCUUUGUAUUCGAGCAGCUGAGCCGGGCCACCUUGAGAAGAACACUGCGAACGAAUCCCAAAGCAUGCCGCAAUCAAAAUUCUUAGAGCUUCCGCUUGAGCUUCGAGAGAAGAUCUAUGACUGCCUCCUCUAUAGCGGAUCAUCGUCAGAUCCAACAGCAGUCUAUCCUGUGCUCUAUCCAACCAUCAAACAGAAACCUGUCUCGGCUCGGACCAGCUGUGCUGCCCUAGCCUGCGCAAAUAAACAGAUCAACCAGGAGUUGUCCGAAUACAUAGAAUUCUGCCAAAGAACGCUCAAGGCGCUGCGCUAUGAGGGUAGCUUGAUCCUCAGAAAUGAAACAGAAUACUUUUUCUCCUGGACACAUCUGCCCAUCCGAGCCAAGCACAUACAGGUCUUGACUAUAUCCUUGAGCAUCCGGGGCGCGCGAAAUGGACUAUCCGGGUUUCGCGGCGAUGGAUUCGGCGCUCCGGCCACGGUUUCCAAAAUCCAUCGUCUAAUAUUUUCAAUUCUACAGUGUGGACCACGGCUUUCAAGUGAUCUUGCGGCACCGCUAACCGUGGGGAGGAUGGACCUGAACAUCUUGACGCCUCAACCUCCAUUUCCUGAGGGAUACGCGCUCUUGCCCGUCGAGAGCUUUCGGGACCUACGCGGCUUUAGUCAGGGGAUAAUCCAUCCGCGAACCGUGGCGGAUGAGAUUGCAGUGUAUACAUCCUGGGAGCUGGAGCAUACGGCGGAUGGUUCAUGGCUCCCGGAAGGAUUAUCUGACAGGUUGGGGUGGUUAAGGAUUCUUGUGGAUGGGGAGCCGGUGUAUGGCUGUGACCUCGUAAGGCUGUGGGCAGAGAUGCGUAGCAGAAAUUGGGCAACAGCGAGAAAUAUUAAUACGAUGAAGAGGGAUAUAUCCUGAAUUAAAGGAAAUUAGGUAGCUCCCUCUAAUGAUCUCUCCCAUGUC